AAAAAAAGAGAGAGAGAGAGAGAGAGAGUGUGUGAGUGUCUGUACAGGUAUUUAUCGGCAAUGGCUGAGGAAAUAGUAACGAGUACUGCCGCGCAACUUGCAUCAAAAGCUACAGAGUCGGCAUAUGAUUUGUUUAAACAGCAGAUAUCAUAUGUGUUCAAGUCACAGAGCUACAUCAGCAACCUCGAGAAUCAAGUUCAGGAGCUCAGAAUGAAAAAAGAAAGAGUGGAGAAAUCUGUAGAGUCCGCUGAAAGACAGGGGGAAGAGAUUCAUAACGAUGUUAAGAAUUGGCUGCGUGCUGCAGAUGAUUUCACUGAAAGGGAAGCAAAAGCCAUCAUUGAGGAUGGAGAUAAAGCAAACAAGGGCGGCUGUUUAAAAUUGAAGUCAUGUCCUAAUUUGAUUCAACGUUACAAGCUUGGAAAGGAAGCAGUGAAAGCUACAGUGACUGGGGCCGAUCUGUUAGGGAAAGGCAGCUUCAGUAGUGUUUCUUACCGUCCUGCUCUACAGAGGACAGAAUCCAUGUAUGUCAGAGGCUACGAGGCCUUUGAUUCCAGAGAGCAAGUUUUGCAAGAAAUUUUGGACACAUUGAAGGAUGCUAAUUUUAACAUGGUCGGGGUGCAUGGGAUGGGAGGUGUGGGCAAAACUACACUGGUCAACAAAGUAGCUUGGCAGGUGAAGGAAGACAGGAUAUUUCAUGAGGUGGCCAUUGCUGAGGUAACACAAACCCCAGACUACAAAAAAAUUCAAGAAAAACUUGCUUCCGAUUUAGGCUUGGAAUUUUGUCAGGAGAGUGAAUAUCAGAGAGCUAGUCAACUACGUUCCAGGAUAAAGAAGGAGAAGAGUUUACUUAUAAUACUGGAUAAUAUUUGGACAAAACUUGAUUUGGAUGCAAUUGGAAUUCCUUUUGGGGAUGCUGAGAAAGGAGGAAAAGAUGAUCUUUUUGGGGAUGCUCAGAAAGAAAGAAAAGAUGAUGAGAUCAGGCGAUGCACAAUAUUGUUAACAUCUAGAUAUCAGGAUGUAUUAAGCAAAGAUAUGAAGACUCAGAAGAAUAUCUUUGUUCGUCCUAUAUCUAAAGAUGACGCAUGGAAUUUGUUUCGGAAGAUUGUGGGUGAUUCUGCAGAAAGCUCUGAUUUUCAUCCUCUAGCAGAUGAGUUUGUUACAAAAUGUGCAGGUUUACCGGUUGCAAUCUCAACAAUUGCAAAUACAUUGAAAAAUGAGAGUCUUCCCUUUUGGAAGGAUGCCUUGGUUAGACUUAAAAGGUCUACUCCAAGACAUAUUCCAGAUAUGGAAGAAAGUGUGUAUUCUACUAUAGAGCUGAGUUACAAUUUUCUGAAAAUUGAGGAAGCUAAAUCGCUAUUUCUUCUUUGUGCUCUAAAAGAUGGUGGUAGUAGCAUGUCCAUUGGUGACCUCUUAAAAUAUAGUAUGGGUUUGAAUUUGUUUGAAGAUGUAUAUACAUUGGAAGAAGGAAGGAAUAGAUUGAACAGUUUGAUAAAUUAUCUCAAAGCUUAUUGUUUGUUGUUGGAUGGUGACAAUGACCAUGCAGUUAAAAUGCAUGAUAUUAUUCAUGAUGUUGCUGUAUCGAUUGCUUCAACAGAGAAAUUCAUGUUUAAUAUUCAAAAUGUCAUUGGCUUGAAUGAAGUACUGAGGGAGAAAAUACCAAAAGAUUCAAUUGCUAUUUCUCUGCCCUAUAGAGAUAUUUAUGACAAGCUUCCUCAACAGUUAGAAUUUUCCAAACUAAAGUUGUUCUUCCUAUUGAUGAAAAAUCGCUCACUACAAAUCCCAGAUGCUUUUUUCGAAGAAAUGAAAGAACUCAGAGUUUUAAAUCUUACCGGAUUUCAAUUCUUUUCAUUACCUUCAUCCAUUUCUUCCUUAAAAAACCUUAAAACACUUUGUUUGCAUGCUUGCCUGUUGGAGGAUUUAAGAAUUUUAGGAGAGCUAAGUAAACUAGAAAUCCUUAGCUUCUUGGGGUCUGACAUUGAACAGUUGCCUGCUGAAAUCGGACAAUUGACUCAAUUGAAGAUAUUAGAUUUGAGCAAUUGUAUAAACCUUAAAUACGUUGCACCACAAGUCAUCUCCUGCUUGUCUCAAUUAGAAGAAUUAUAUAUGGGCAACUGCUUCAUUCAAUGGGAAGUUGAAGGAGUGGAUAAUCAAAGACGAAGAAAUGCUAGCCUCGAAGAGUUAAAGCAGUUGUCGAACCUAACAGCUUUACAUCUUCAUCUUCAGGAUGCUCGAGGUAUGCCACAAGACUUUUUCUUUGAGAAAUUGAAAAGUUAUCAUUUAUUUAUUGGAGAUAAAUGGAAGUGGUCUGAUAAAUAUUACAGUUCAACUUCAAGAACAUUCAAACUGAAGAUAAGUGAUAAUGUUUAUUUGGGGCAAGGAAUUAAAAGUUUGUUGGAGAUGACUGAAGAUCUCUUUCUUGAGGAAAUGAAUGGACUUAGAUAUGUUGUUUGUGAACUGAAUGCGGAUGGUUUUCCACAUUUAAAGCAUCUGCAUGUAGAGGACGGUCUUGAUAUUUUGUAUAUCAUUAACUCAGUUGCUUGGAAAGUAGCCUUUCCCAAGUUGGAGUCCUUGAUCCUCUGUAAUUUGAUUAAAUUGGAGAAGAUAUGUCAUGGUCAACUUAAUGCAGUGUCUUUUAGCAAAUUAAGGAUCAUAAAAAUAGAAAAGUGUGAUAGAUUGGAGUAUCUAUUUGCAUCUUUCAUGGCAAAAAACCUUAUGCAACUACAAGAAAUUGAAGUGACUUAUUGUAAGAACCUAAAAGAGCUUUUUGGUGAAGAAAGUGAUAACCGUGGUGAUGAAAUUGAAACAAAUAAUAAGAUGGAGUUCAAUCAAUUGUGUUCAUUGGCACUACAAUGCCUGCCCAAAUUCAUUAUGAUCGAUUCUAACAUGGUGGUUGUCUUUCCAAGAUUGGAGAACUUGAAACUGCGUUCAAUUAAUAUUGAGAAUACAUGGCUUGAUCGACCUCUAUCAAUAUUUUCUUAUAGUCAUUGCUUAAAAAGCUUAAGCAUUGAGGAGUGUCAUGGCUUAAAUUAUUUGUUUUCCUCUGCUAUGGUCAAAAGUCUUAAUGAACUCCAAAAGUUGGUGAUAAGCAAUUGUAAGUCAAUGGAAGUAAUAGUUGAUUCAAAAGGGGUACAAGGAGAAGAAACGAUAAUGGAUAUGAGUUUUCCUAAAUUGUUGCACAUGAAGCUUGAACAUUUGCCAGAACUCACAAAUUUUGGUAUUGGGAAUUUAAUUGAAUUCCCCUCCUUAAAAGAACUUCACAUUGAGGGAUGCUCUAACUUGAAGACAUUCUUAUGCAAAUCUUCUCAUCCAGACACUGUGAGAGAAGAAGGAGAAGUGAAUUUGGAAAACUACUUUAUGAAUAUAAAUCCUCUCUUUGACGAAAAAGUUGCUUUUCCCAGCUUGGAGGAGAUGGUGCUUUCACACUUGUAUAACUUGCAGCUGAUAUGGCACAACCAAAAACUCCAUGGGGAAUCCUUUUGCAAACUAAAAGUAGUGAGAGUCUUAUUCUGUGAUAAGUUAUUGACUAUUGUUCCAUCUAAUACUCAAGGAAAUCUGAGCUUUCGCUAUCUAAAGGAAUUGACUGUUGUGGCUUGUCGGAGUAUGAAAAGUCUCUUUCCAGUUUCUACCGCUACUAGUCUCGUGCAACUUGAAAGUCUAGAUAUACAUUUUUGUGGGUUGGAGAAAAUUGUUUCUGAGGAGGAAGUUAUGGGAGCCCCUACAUUCUUGUUUCCACAAUUAAAAUCUUUCUACCUUUUCCAUUUAAAGGAGCUCAAAUAUUUCUACCCGCAGUUGCAUACAAUAGAGUGGCCGAUGCUAAGCCGUUGGGGUCUGUCUGGUUGCAAAAAGAUAAAAGUUCAUGAUUUUGAAUUUUCUAGCUUCCAAGAAAGAGACGAGGAGAAGCAACCUCCUAUUUUUUAUUUGGAAAAGGUUGGCUACCGUAACUUUGAACAUUUGACACUCUCUGAAUUUCCCAAUAUGAAAGAAAAAAUAUGGAAUGGUCAGUUACCAAACAACUUUUUCGAGAAUUUAAAGUCUUUGGUGGUGGAUAAAUUUUUAGAUAUAUCAACUGGUAUUUCAUCCAAUGUGUUACGCUGCUUCAAAAAUCUGGAAUUGUUGAAAGUAAAAAGUUGUCAGUCACUAGAACAAGUGUUUGAUUUGGAGGAAAGUCAUCAAGAAAUUUCAGGCUUACAGAAAUUGAAAUCAUUGAAAAUUAACAAUUGCAACAGCUUGAGAUCCAUAUUUACUCCAGCUAUACUGUUGGGUCUUGUUCAACUCCAAGAGGUAAAGGUGAAAAACUGUGCAUUAAUUGAAGAAAUCAUCAAAAAGGAAGAGGAAAAGGAUGGAGUGAGUGAUAAAAUUAUAAUUCCUCAAUUAAACUCUGUUAUGCUUGAGUCAUUGCCUAGCUUGACAAGCUUCUAUUCUGGAAGAAAUAUUUUGGAAUGUCCUCCCUUGGAAACUAUUAUCAUUAAGGACUGUCAAAAGGUCCAAAUGAAGGAGUUCAAUAUUCAUCUUGCUGCAUUUUUCACUGAAAGGGUUGAAAUUCCCGCCUUGGGAUCAUCUUCUUGCUUCCAGAAUUUAACAAUCUUGCACAUCGGUGGCUUUGAACAUUUAAAAUAUUUAUUCCCAUCUUCCAUGUUGAAAAGUUUUUUCAAACUGAGGGUGCUUGAGAUAUCUAAUUGUAUGUUUAUGGAAAAAGUGAUUGAUGAAGAUGAAGGGAGAGCAAGAACAAUGUUGUUUCCGAAAUUAUACCAGCUGAAGCUAAGAGAUCUUCCAAAACUCACAACAUUUUGCAAUUCCACUGCAAGUUUUGUAGAAAUGUCCUCCUUGUUCAAACUCCGGAUUGACAAUUGCCUUGGUAUUCAAACAUUCAUAUCCAGUUCUAGAUGUGGUGAUAUGACAUCAUCAAGCAAAGAUCCUGAAGGAAUGAAUGCAAAGGAGGACUACCCACGUGCUAUCUCUUUUUGAUAAGAAGGUAAGGCUCCCUUGUUUGGAGAAAUUGAAAGUCACCUAUACUGAUCAAUUGGUAAAAUUAUGGGACAAUCAAGUCUCUUUGGAUUCAUUUGGAAAAUUAAUUAGUGUGACUGUAAGAUUUUGUAAAAAACUUGGAAGUGUUUUUCCAUCUAACAUGUUCGGGAGUCACCAAAAGCUAAAAUUUUUGGAAGUGCAAAACUGUGAUUUGGUUGAAGAGAUAUUUGAAGUACUCGAGAAAAGCUCUGGCAUGGUGGAGGAAAUUCUUGCCGAGGAGGAAACUAUCCCUAGGUUUGUGUUUUCUAAAUUAACCCGGUUGAAUCUACAGAUGCUACCAAGUCUCAAAAGUUUCUACCCGGAGAAACAUAUUUCAGAAUGGCCAGAUUUAGAAGUGUUGAAGGUGCAUGGAUGUAAUAACGUGAAGAUCAUUGCUUCAGAAUCAUUGAGCAUCCGAGGGAGUAAUGGAGACAGUCAACAAACACUGUUUUUUGUUUACAAGGUAUGAGCAUCGAGUACUCAAUUAAAUCAUGUCCACAAUUUAAUAGGUAGAUGGCAAUGCUACUAAUUUUGCAAAAUUUUGACUCUGUUUUUAACUUAUUUUAUCUUAUUUCUUAAAAGAUUAUUAUUGUUAUUAUUAUUAGUAAUACGGAAUUUUUCUUAUUGGACAACAUUAUCAUCAUUAUCAUUCUGGAUAUAGUAAGACCCAAAUAUCACAGAUCUCAGCAUAUAUAUUGCUACCCAGCGAAAUUAAUCGUCUUUCCUUUUUUGGUUAAACACUCUUUUUGUGAUUUACUGAUUUUCUAGGAUGCAUUCCCUAGCUUGGUAGAACUAGAAUUAUGUGAAAUGCCCAGGCUAUUGCAUCUGUGGAGGGGAAAUUUUCAGCCUUGCAAUGCUUUUCAAAAUCUCAAGACUCUGAAAGUGUCAGAAUGUGACAGUUUAGAAAAUUCCUGUUUCUCAAUGUUGUCUCUCCAGAAUUUAAAAACUUUGCAAGUUUCUAAGUGUGAUGGGUUGAGAUAUUUACUGACCCCCUCAAAAGCUAAAACUCUGAAUCAACUUAAAAGAAUGAAUGUAUCAGAUUGCAAAUCAAUGGUGGAAAUUAUAACACAUUUGGGAGAUGUAGUAGAGAAUUCAAUUGUUUUCGGCAAACUGGAUUGUUUGGAACUUCACUGUUUGUCCAGCCUUAAAAGCUUUUGUGGUGGGGAUUAUUCUUUUGAAUUUCCAUUCUUGGAAAAAGUAAUAGUCAGGGAAUGCUGGGAGAUGGAGACUUUUUGUCAUGGAGUUUUAAGCACGCCAAAUCUCCAAAGACUACAGUUGACAGAUGGAGGAGAGGACGCAGUAGAAGAAUGUUGGGAAGGCAACCUUAAUUCCACCAUACAAUAUUUGUUCAAAAAUAUGAAUGUGCAGUACUCCAAAGAAGAUUGAAGUCAUUCCUUUAAUGGUGUGUGAUAUACCACAGCUCCGUUUCCUCCAGGUGAAGAGGGACUCUGUUUCUACUAUCUCAACUGAUUUUAUCUUCACAUUUUGUUGAAAGUGGAAUGCCCUCUGUAUAUACAUUUUUUCUGUUGUUGUAGAUGAAUUUGUUUUAUGUAUGCCAAUUUCUACAAGUUGCCAAACAUUUUGGGCAAACAAGACACAAUAUGCAGUUUGUUUACUUCAGUGUGUAUGCUUUAUUGAAUUCUUUCUCCCAGGAACAACAAUGAUUAUAAAGUCAAAUGGGGGAUAUUUAAUGAUCUUCA